UUUUCUUUACGUUUCUAUCAAUUGGAUAUUGCAUUUUGUAUAAACAUAUAUGUGAAGAGAAGGAAUAUUACUGUGUGUCUAUAUUCAGGGGGAAAUACCACCAAUAUUCCCCUUUAAAUUAUAGAUUAUGUAUCACUUAUGCCUACGCCAACAAACUCUGAAUAAGCAGACGAUUUUUUGCAUAAAUCUAUCUUACGGAGUACGCCGGAGAUAGUCGAUGUAUCACGAUUGACACUAACCAUACAUCGAUCUCGAUUUGACCAAAACAUUGAGGUCAAGUACGGUAAGUUAAUAUUCGCAAUUCAGCUAUAUUACUCGUGGAUAUUAACGUGUAUUCAGGCACAUUUAGUAACGUGAGCAACAUGUUAUUAUUAAACAAAAGAACCGCAACAGCUGUUUUGUGGGUCAAACAUGCAUAACCAGCAUAGAGCGUGAAUUCGUUGUAUCUGCAACUGACAUCUCGACAAGAUACACCAGUUUAACCGUGAUCAUAGAUAUGAAUAUAGUGUGUAGCCACUGUGCGUUUGGGGGAAGGAAAUAUACAGCGCUUUUACCUAUCGCAAUAUUUACUUUACAUUUACGUCCAAACGGUUUGUCGCUUGUGUUGUGUUUCUCUUCCAUUAAAUCGGAAUAAACGAAUUAGGACUAAUGCAAUAAUACGUAUUCAAUACCUCGGUAUAUCAACUAUCGGCAGUUAAUCCGGGGUUUACGUUCAGACUUGACAGUUGAUGUAUAUAUUAAAUCGCACUUUUAUAAUUUUAUGUGUAUUGAAUGCCAGAAGAUCAAUAUUGAGUGAAAGGCACCUUUCAGACGGGACUAUUUACUUUGCAUCUACUUGUAUACUCUUUAAGACUGCUGAAGGAAUUUAUGUGUUUUUAAUUUCGUUAACUCUUAGUGUUAAGCAAAUAAAUGAUUUGGACAGUGCGGGUACUGUUUCAAGUGUUCGAUAUUUAAAGCGUGAGAAAAUUCGCUUAUUGUAUUGUUGAACGCGUUAGUGAUUUGCUUUGGUUAUAUAGAAAAUAAUACGUUCACAUAAUGUGGGUUGAAUUCAACUAAGAAAUAAAUCUAAGUUGAGGUCACAUACAACUAACACACAUCCGGCAUGGGCGCUUUAAAGUCGAAAUUCCGACGAUCCAAAUCGUCAUCAAGAAAAUCAAAGGAUUCAAAAACAAGCAACGACACCGGGAAUAAAAAAUCCAAGCGGACAAUAAAUCUCCCAGAGUCUCAGUCGGCGCGCAAGACCGUAGACCCGCGACUUCCGUUCACCCAUUACCGACAGAUCUUCAGCAUCCGGAACGCUUGGAAGGCGGUGCAGCGUUCCUUGGAGGACAGUGCGAUGGAGACUAUGAUCAGAUUCUUCCGCUACCAUCCACAAUUCAAGAAGAAGUACCCUGACCUUGAAAAACUCGCGGACGACGAGCAGCUUAGAUCAUCUGAACCGUUCAAAGAGCACGCGAUGGACAUGUACAACAUCUUUGAAAGUGUAAUAACCAACCUCGAGGAGGUAGACAAGGCGUUAGACGAGAUUAGCUACGAUGCCCCGAACCUUCCAUUCACUCACAGAAUGCUCGAAGAAUAUCGGAAACCUUUUAUUGAAACACUGCGGAUAGUGUUGGGUUCAGACCGGUUUACGGAAGCCACGGAAGGGAGCUUCACUCUCCUGUACCAGUUUAUUCAACAGGAAGUUGGUAAACAUAUUUCCCAUACGGAUGAACCGGAAGAACCCGAAAUUGCGAACGGCGAGAUCACAAACGUUCAAGCCGACGUUGAAGCCCAUACUGAAGAUAUUGUAGAUGACACGGCGGUUCAAGUGGAUUUAUGUGAUGGUGAUACGUAAAAAGUGAAGCUUUUAGAUAAUUUACAUAAUAUAAAUUAUAUACAAUUCUUGUUGAUGGAAAACACUGGAACCGUUCGUUUUAUAUAAAUGCUAUAUAAUGUACAGUGCUCAUGAACAUGAACCUGUUAAUAUUAUUUCAGCUUUUUGUUGUUUUGUGAAAUGCCGCGCUUUGAAAUAUACAGAGCCGUAUUCUGUAAGUUAAAAGCAAUAAUUCACUGCAUCGUGGUAUUAAAUGAUUUAGAAAUUGAGCGUCUGAAUGAGGCGAGUGGCACAUUAAUAAGCUGAAAUUAUGUAUAGCAAUAAACUUGUUUCACGUCUUUGCCAAAAAUCGAGAACAUUCUCAACGUUUCAGCUUAACUCAGAGGAUAAUUGAGUUUUAAAUCAGCUGAGACUUGAGAAUGUCUUUUAGCUUAAGAACAAAUCGCAGCUUUACUAAUUUUCACUUAUUUUCCCUCAGAGUUAUGGUUGAGCCAGACUCGAUAACACAAAACACGUCUGUGAACACCAAAGUAACCUCAUCUCUCAAUGAGAAAACUUACCCAAAGUCAAGUCAGGAUAUUGACUUAAGUAUGUUCGUCAUAAUAGGCCCUGGUUUGUUUUACACUUUGCAUUUCUGUUCAGUAAUGCAAAUGUAUCACUAACAACUUGAGCUGCUGAACGUUAGUCGUUUGUGCGUGUUACUAGCAUUUGAGUAGGAUUCGUAUUUCCUUGUUUUGAUCUUGUUUUUACUACAUAGAUUUAUACAUUUUCUCAUUUGUUGUAUAUAUAUAUUUACUUCUUCAUGAUAGUAAAUAGUUUCGUGUAUGCAAUUGUUUAAGGAUGUUUACACUUGUAAGUAUUGUAAGUGGUUUAAUAUGCCUAUGCACUAAUAAAUACAAAAACACUU